CCUUUUUAUUUGUAUUGAUUUAUACCAAACAUAGAGUUUUAGACAUUAUAUUAUCAUUUGGUGACCAAAUCAUUCAUUGGUCUCUCGUUUGAACCCUAAAAACACAUACCGUUUGAGCCGAAGAGGCGAAGACACCGCUGGCGGAGAAGAGACACAAAAAGUGUGGUAUUUAUUGGUAGAAAGGAGUGAUUGAUUCGGUUGUGACCAAUGCUGCCGACGAACGGAUACUUUCGGGACAUUUUGUGUCCCUUCUUGAGGACCGGUCUUUGCGAGCGAACCCAUUGUCACUACAGACACGACCCGAGGUAUGAGGUGUUGGCCAAUAAGUCGAAGAACGGUCGCAACCCAUCGACGGUGUCCUCUGUUCCCGAUUACGUUCCCACACCCGUCUCACAGCUCAAGUCAACCUAUAAUCUCAGUACUGAUCCCAAGAGUAACAGUCAGAAGACAAAUGACAAAACUAUAUCAACCAAAGGCCAUAACAUAUACCAAAAUAUACCGGAAUAUAAACCGACGCCAAUCAGUCAACUCAAGAAGCAUAACAUCGGAAACUACAGCACUUCUGAGGACACCACUGGUCUCAAGUCAACGAUAGCUACGUAUUCGCCGUCCGUUAGCUCUUCGGACGAAUCGUCGACUAAUGGAAAGCAUAAGAAGUCACACAUCAAAGCAGACAACAAAUCAAAAGCGUCUAAAACGGAGACCAAAACAAAACCAAAAGUGUCCAAAAAUGUCGAUAAAUUAAGUAAUAAUCAAAAAUUAGACAAAAGUGAACCAAAGCCUAAGAAAAAGAAGUUUUUGGAACCGCCCGUAGAGAUGGACAGCGAGUCCGGCGACGAUCUCAUUGAAAGUUUAAAUAAAAUCAGUUCUAAUCGUAAGAUGUCUUUCGAUGAGAUAAUCGGUGCCACAAAUGAUGCCUACGAUAGCGGCAAAGGAAAAGUGCGAAUCGCUCACCAAAACAUCCAUAAUGUGGCAACAAAGACAGAGAAGAAAGGCUUACGACAAACACCAUCGCAGGUAAUGGAAAAGAGGUUUGCCAUUCAGUCCAAUAAAGACGAAGCAGUUGUUAAUAACAAUAUCAAAAAUAUUGAUAAUUCGGCACAAAAGGAGAUUAAGGGUCGAAUAGCACACAGACCUAAACCAAGCGCUGCCGUUACCGACACUAAAAGCGGUUCCGAAACGAUUGGAAACAGUGGUGUAAUCGGAAAGAAAAGGGUCGCACAUCAGCCCAGUGUUGCCAAAAGGCCUGUCCUGAUCGGCGGUUUGGGCAACAAAUUGUCGCUCAAAAUCAGACAAAAUUGUUUGAAUAAAUUCAUUGACGAAUACCUCACAUUUCAAACAGAAGAAGAGUCAUUCAAACGAGGUUUGUCAUCUGAGAAAUCAGUUUACGACAGAAGCAAAACCGAACAAAUAUAUAGAGUCCUAUCAGUCCAUGAGGUGAAGAAAAUUCGUACCGAAUCUGAUGGUCAAAAGAAAGACUCGAAUGCGAAGAAUAUGACCGCAGAGGAGAUGAAGAAAAUUGGGAACCGUUUGGUUUCACACGAGGCUAUACUUAACGGCAAAAUUUCUGGUACUUUUAGUGUUGAGAAACGGCAGCACUCGCUAACUGUGGACGAGUUAACCGAAACACAAUUGUAUCAAAUGCUGGAGAAGUAUGUGAUGAAAGAGUCACAACUCGUCGAUUACGGAUAUCCCAGACCUGACCCUCAGAAGAGAGGUUCAGCCGUUUUGCCCAAACUUAAAGCUGAAAAAAUUCGCAACAAUUACGAGACAACAGUCCGGAGUUGUUCCCGAUGUCAGAAGACUUAUACAGUCGAUGAUAACGAUAUGCCCACCAGAAAGGAGGUCUGUGUCUACCAUUUCGGCCGCAUUUGGACCGAGAGGUACAAUAAGAGCAUAGAAAGGAAGUACUCGUGUUGUAAGAACGACAUCGGCUCCGGUGGCUGUUCUUCCAAUGCUUAUCAUAUUGCCGACGGCUGUGAUAGACCUGAUUAUUGUGAUGAUUACGUGCGAACUCUUCCUAAAAAACCGCCGCCGGCUUCGGGCUAUUAUGGCAUUUACGGACUUGACUGUGAAAUGUGUUACACAACGCAUGGACUGGAGUUGACUCGUGUGACAGUAGUUACGGCCAAUCAAACCCCGAUUUACGAAACAUUUGUUAAGCCUUCGCAUCCAAUACUCGAUUAUAACAGUAAGUUCUCAGGCAUUAAGGAAGCAGAUCUGAAGAGAGUGACCACAACAUUAAGUGAUGUUCAAAACAAACUUCAAUCGUUAUUCAAUGACAAGACAAUACUAAUUGGACACAGUCUUGAUAGUGACUUAAAAGCGUUGAAAUUAAUUCACAACACAGUUGUCGAUACGGCACAAGUGUUUCCUCACAAGCGAGGCCUUCCAUAUAAGAGAGCCUUAAGAACAAUCACCGCAGAAGUCCUUAAAAAGAUCAUUCAAGACGACGUCGACGGUCACGAUAGCCGAGAGGACGCGACCGCAGCACUAAAGCUGAUGCUUUGGAAAGUUCAAGAAGACCUCAAGAAGUAUAAGCGAUGAAUAGGAACUAUUUUAAUGUUAUUAUUAAUGAUUUUUCAUUACAUUUAUUAUUUUCGAUUUUCUAUUAUACAUAAUGUUCUCAAUUAUACAUAAUUUAUAGUUAUUUUCAUCAAAUGUUUUGUUUUUCGCUAAUUUAUUGUAUGACAAAAAAAUAAUGUGUUUGUAAUUCCAGGACUUUUAACACAAGUCAAUGACAGCUACUAUUAGUCUUUCGCCAAAACAUUUGCUCCUAAAAUACCAUAUUU